AUGGCAUCGGAUAAGGUGGUGGAAACGGUAAUAGCAGGGAACUACGUGGAAAUGGAAACCGAAGGGAAGCCAAAGGACGUAAAGUCCAGGUUAUCAAACUUGUUGUGGCACGGUGGUUCUGUUUAUGAUGCUUGGUUCAGCUGUGCUUCCAACCAGGUGGCUCAAGUGCUGCUUACGUUGCCAUACUCAUUUUCCCAGCUGGGAAUGCUUUCUGGCAUACUUUUUCAACUCUUCUACGGUUUACUUGGUAGCUGGACGGCUUACCUCAUCAGCAUACUCUACGUUGAAUACAGAACGAGAAAAGAGAGAGAAAAAGUUAACUUCAGAAACCAUGUCAUCCAGUGGUUUGAAGUUCUUGACGGGCUCCUCGGGAAGCACUGGAGAAACGUGGGAUUGGCCUUUAACUGCACAUUUCUUCUGUUUGGAUCUGUCAUACAACUGAUAGCUUGUGCAAGCAACAUAUAUUACAUAAAUGACAACCUGGACAAGAGGACUUGGACUUACAUCUUCGGAGCCUGCUGUGCCACCACUGUCUUUAUUCCUUCCUUUCACAACUACAGAAUCUGGUCCUUUUUGGGCCUCCUCAUGACCACUUACACUGCUUGGUACCUAACAGUUGCCUCUCUCCUUCACGGUCAGAUGGAGGGAGUUAAGCAUUCGGGUCCGACCAAAUUGGUUCUAUAUUUUACGGGGGCCACAAACAUUCUCUACACAUUCGGGGGACAUGCCGUUACUGUGGAGAUAAUGCACGCGAUGUGGAAACCACAGAAGUUCAAGGCCAUAUAUUUACUGGCAACCCUGUAUGUGCUGACACUGACGCUUCCAUCCGCAGCAGCAGUGUAUUGGGCAUUUGGAGACAUGCUUCUAAAUCACUCCAAUGCUUUUGCUCUCCUCCCAAAAUCACCCUUCCGUGACAUGGCUGUCAUUUUAAUGCUCAUCCACCAGUUUAUAACAUUUGGGUUUGCAUGCACCCCAUUAUACUUCGUGUGGGAGAAAGCAAUAGGGAUGCAUGAGUGCAAGAGCCUAUGCAAGCGUGCUUUGGUGAGAUUGCCAGUGGUGAUCCCCAUAUGGUUCUUGGCCAUCAUAUUCCCCUUCUUCGGUCCCAUCAACUCCACCGUUGGCUCUCUCCUUGUCAGCUUCACCGUUUACAUCAUCCCCGCCCUCGCCCACAUCUUCACCUUCAAAUCAUCCUCUGCUCGCCAGAAUGCGGUGGAACAACCUCCCAAAUUUGUUGGAAGAUGGGUUGGAAGCUUUAUUAUCAACUCAUUUGUGGUGGUGUGGGUCCUUGUGGUAGGGUUUGGAUUUGGUGGGUGGGCCAGCAUGGUUAACUUCAUACACCAGAUUGACACAUUUGGACUCUUCACAAAGUGUUACCAAUGCCCUCCACCGCUUCUACCACCUAUGCCACCACAACAUCUCAACGCCACCGCGCCUUCGCCGCUUCACCACCCUCAUCACGGCCACUGA